AUGGCGAGCGGAGAGGAGGCCAGUAGACGCCCCUCGGUUACCUCCUCUUCGGUCGGCCUGGAGGCUCUGUUCCCCGCGGGGUCAUCGGAGCAGGUCUGCGGGGACGGGAACCCGGAGUUAGUCCGUCUGCGGGAGCGUCUCCAGGGCUGGCUAUCGCAGUAUGAGCCGCUGCUGCUGUGGGUGCAGAGGCUGCUGGUGUGGGAGAGGCCGUUGUACAGCAUCUCUGUCGCCCUCACACUCAACACGUUAUUCUGGCUCCUGUCAUCCACCUCCCUGCGGCCUCUGUUCCUGCUGAGUCUGUCCCUGCUGGGACUGAUGCUGCUGGAGAGAUGGAAGCCCAAGUUGCCCAUGAUCACUGUUCAACAUGUAGAGGCUCACCCUGUACAAAGUGACAUGAUGAGCGGAGAGCAGCGUCUGCUCAGUAUCCCUGAGCUGAGCCACCACCUGGCUGAGAGCUACCUGACCUACUGCCUGUACCUGCAGGAGAUGCUGCAGUACAAACGUCAGAAUCAUGGGAAGUUCUGUGUGAUGAUGUGCAGCGGCUGUUUUGUACUUGCCGUGGUCGGUCAUUAUGUACCAGGAAUCAUGAUCUCCUACAUUAUCGUCCUGAGCGUGCUGUUGUGGCCGCUGGUGGUGUACCACGAGCUGAUCCAGAGGAUGUACACGGGCUUGGAGCCGAUCCUGAUGAAGCUGGACUACAGCAUGAAGGGAGAUACGGAGCACCGCAAGCACGACAAGAGGAAGGUGAAGAAGGAGAUGGAGGAGGGCGAUGAGCCAAGAGCUGAAACGGAGAGUGAGAGUGAGGAGGAGCUGUCCUGUUUCGCUCCAACGGUGGACGUGAAGACCACAGCUCUGGCGAUGGCCAUCACAGACUCCGAGCUGUCGGACGAGGAGGCAUCCAUCUUGGAGAGUGGAGGCUUCUCCGUGUCCAGGGCCACCACUCCGCAGCUCACUGACGUCUCUGAAGACCUGGACCAGCAGAGUUUACACAGUGACCCAGAGGAGUCCUACCUGCGGGAUCUCCCUGAGUUCCCCUCAGUCGAGGAGUUCCCAUCCAUCGAGCACAACCUGCUCCACUUCCCUCUGCGAGGUCCCGGCCAAGCAGACGGAGCGCAGGCUGGCGCUCAACCAGAGGGAGAACCGUUAAGCCCUGCCAGCCUCCUCAUCCAGCACCUGGCGUCUCCGCUCCACUUUGUGAACACACACUUCAACGGACAUGGACGACCACCUGGGGGCGAGGAGGGCGUGCUGCUCACGCCAGGUGCAGGGGAGGGAUCAGGGAGGCAGGAGGGAGACGAGAAGGAAGCGGCAGUAGCCCAGGGUAUACAACAGUCCUUGGAGGCCUUGAGCGAGGAGAUAGUGAGCACAGCCAUCUCCACUGUGGUGCAAAACACUCUGUCAGCGCUGCUGCGCUCCAGCGAGGCCAGCGAGGAGCCCUCCCUGGCUGAGUUCCUUCCUACUGAAACCCCACCGGGCAUUCUGGAGAGCUCCACCCCACCCACCGCCACCACUGCUAACACUACAAUUACUACAAUAGGCGCGUCGGGGGCUGACGACCUGGACGAGGCGAUUACGACAGAAAGCGGCACCGGCGAGGAGAUGCCUGACGACACACUAGUUCCGACUGAGGAAGAGGACUUUGAGCUGCUGGACCAAAGUGAACUGGAGCAGUUGGAUGAGGGGUUGGACCUCAUGUCUGACAGACAGGUGGUGGGAGGAGCCUCAGGAGCUCCAGAGACACCUCCGUCUCUUCAGCAUCAACCACAGUCAUAGCUUCCCUGUUGUCUCCCCCUGCCCCCAACUGUUUUGUUUUUAUUUGUACGUUAGACCUGCAUUAUAUCCAUACAUACCGCUAUAUACAAAACAUUUAUCAAAGAGUUUGGCAUUUAAUACUGUUGGUUAGUGAUUGUGUGGCAUAUGGUUGAGAUUACUCGGUGCGUUGUGCUCUCAUCACAAAGGUCUGUUCAGCCUCGGUACCAUUCGCAGUAGAGUUCAGUGAGGGCAGCUUCAGGGCAGAACUGGCUCGAGUGAACCGUUAUAGAGACAUCAUUAUCGUCAGGGGUUUGCAAAGCGUUUUGCAUCUGCUUUCGCUCGAUCAUCAAACAUUGAAAUCUGCUGAAAUCUGCUUGAUUAACUGGCAAGCACAUUUCUUACUGUGUAGUGAAAAACCUGUUGAGUCUGUCAGAAUAAUGAUGCCUUUAUUUUCUACCGUGGUGACGAGCUUCACCUCUCCACCUUGUUUUCAUUCAGAUGUUUAUCUAGAUGGUGUUAUGAAGAGUUGAAAUGUUGGAUCAUGUAACGAUUAAUAUAUGCUAUAAAUUAUUUAAUUUAACAGUCAGUUGAUGAAACUUUAUCGUUGAGAUGAGCAGGGGAGUUUAACAGCGAUUUGAAUCCCUUCAGCUGCCGGUAAUGAUUGUAUGGGAAUUGUUUUAAUGAUGACACCAUGAGCGUCCGGGUUGAAAAUGUAGUUGCAUAUUCCCAGAGUUCAUAAAUAAUAGUGUUAUCCUUCACUUAAUCCUUCCCACCAAAGUUACAGUUUGGACUAUAGACUGUAUGUAAGGAUGGAGGAUGUGUCAAAGUGUACAAAAAUGAAGCCAAAAUAUCCCAGAUACAGCUGCAACCAUCUUGUUCUGGCAACAGCAUUUGGAGCCAGAGUCUGUGCAAGAGUUGAAGGAAAGGCCCGCCUUACUCUGCCUCCAACUGACCUUGACAUUCUUCACCUUACCCGAACUGAUCUUACUCCUCUCCCUAAACCCAACGAAUCCAUCCAUUGAAGGCAGUGAGUGCUAGCCAGCCAUAGGGAGAGCAGGGCGGGUCAUUCCUUCGCUAUUCUAGGGAACGCAAAUUCACGAUGGUAGAAAUCUCAGUCGUACCCCAUAGCUCCCAUUGGACAAAGAUCGCAUCCCAGGCUUCAUUGGAUAGCCUUGGAUGUUUCGGCUUCACUUUCAGGGCGCUGUCAUAUCGUUUAUCUUCAUUAUACAGUCUAUGGUUCGGAUUGAAGCAUUCGGUCAUGAGUGGUCUUUCACUUGUUGCCUGGAAACGGAAUCUUUGACAUGGUUGGAUGUCGACAAGCAGUCGAUCUUGGCCCAGACACAUACAUGACGAGACAUGUUCCUGAAAUUUCUCUUUGUGAUAAACGGCUCAUUUUUAUUCGUACUUGCGGAAACAAUUCCAUACAUCCACAUGUAAUUGGCCCACAUGACGUUGAAUUUAUUCUCGAUCUACGCUCACUGCUUGUUAGAUAGCCCCGUCUAUACCCAACUAUUUGUUAUAUGUAUAGUCAUCACUGGGAUAUGUAUAUUUACCAAAUAACCUCCUUUGUGCCACGACAAGUCCAUGCAUGCCAUGCAUCACGCAUGUAUCUACCAUGAUCAAUAUUUGAGGUCAAUCUUCAAAGGAGUGUUACUUUUCCUGGAGCAGAUUUUGUUUCUGUGACACAUUAUGUAUGUGGCCGCUGCUGGGGAUUUGUCAAACGUUCUGGACAUGAUGGAAAGAACCUACGCUCGGCUGUAUAAAGAGGCCGGUUUUGCUUUUGUAAACCACUCAGCAUCCAAAUCUCAGGGGUGGGUUGUACAAAAUGAAUAUGACAUCGCAGAAUAUGUGUCCAUUCCCAGACCUGUCGUAGUGCACUGUAUUUGUACUAACCUUUACCUUUUUCAGUCGACGCCUCCUUGUGUAUAGUGUAGAAAUGCUCAAAGGAACGUGUAUAUUCUGCAUGUAAAAACAGCACUCUCUGUUGUCAGCUGACAAAGUACUGCACAAUUUGUGAGAAAAAAAGUCAAUUUUAAUAGAUAAUAAAGAGCCCGUUAAUUCCGUUUGUUUAAUAUUUAAUGAGCAACGAAGGGGAAGAAACGUUGUGAUGUAUCCUCAUUUUUAAAAGACUGCCUAGCUGUAAAUGGAAAUGGGUGGCAACUUCAGUGAUGACAUCAGAUUUAGUGAAGGAUAUUAACAGACUAGUUUGUGUAUGGUAGUAGUGUGUUUUAUGCUUCAAAAUACCGCUUCUUGAAUUAUAUAUAUAUAUAAAAAAAAGGCACUUACUGAACUGUACAAUUUUAAAAAAGGAAUAUAUUUUCUAAUUUCUCCUUUUUCCAUAAAGUACUCAGUUUGAUCUUUUACAUCUAAAAAAAUAUAACAGCGACGAACGAGUUUCACAAAGCGGAGGAGAUUUAUUGUCAUUAAAAACUGGUAAAACAAAACUGCAACACCACAUGUGAAAGCCAGAGAAUAAAAGGACAAACUGAAACAAACUUGA